UCCGGACAAAGUUGUUGUUCAAUAAUGAUGAGUGUUUAAGUGAAUUCGAGAAUUGAUUAGAUUAUUUAGACGUGUUUUAUUACUUUUUUUAAGUUUGAAAUGCUGAAUUUUGGAUGUGUGUACAGGACAACGUCUAGCUAACGACAGCCACCAAUGCUGUGACCGUAUGUUUAGUGGUGUUUACUUGGUGGAAAGAUAGCACGGCCUUGUACUAAAAAAAUCGGGGGCGCUAUAACCUUUAAGAUAUGGUUCAAAAGCUGCCUGCCAAAGAUAUACAACAUACAAAGAGAGGAUAUGUUUUUAGAAAAUUUGCGGAGUUCUGUAAUAGAACAGAUCUACACGGUUUUAAAUAUAUCGUUAUGGAGGAUCUCAAUAUUGUCGAGAGAUCAUGUUGGGCCAUUUCUGUGUUUGUUAGUAUGAUUGUGGCUGUAAUGUUUGUGGUCACCGCAUAUAGAUGGUACGCCCGGAACCCAGUAGUAACUGUGAUAGAAAGUACGCAAGGUGCUAUUUGGGAUGUGCCCUUCCCCGCAGUCACUGUUUGCGAUAUUAACGUCAUAUCAAAAAAAGCAGCACGAUCUCUUUCAAAUAACUUGACCUUGCCACUGCAUAUAACACCGGACUAUGUCUUUAAGGCUUUGAAGCUAAUACCACUUUUGUUUCUUGGGACAAUAAAGGAGAAAGACAAAGAGCAACUAAAAAUACUUCAAGAUGUAAUCGACACUAAUGGAAUUACGCUUAAGACCUUGUUCACAACGGAACCUGGAUUUAUUGCAAAUGUCUACCCCUCGCCGAGUCGCCUCUUGCGGUUAUCAGACAGCAUUGACAGUGCUGUUGAAGGUAGAUGUUGAUGACUACUACAGCUCAGGGAUCGCAACGCAAGGAAUAUUGGUGUUCAUAGAUAACGCCUACAAUAUACCUGACCAAGAUUCGCCUGCUAGAAUGGUUUCUCCAUCCACCGAGGUCCUGAUUGCAUUAGCGCCUGAGCGGACUUAUAGCACUUCGGGAAUUAAGGCUUUCACGCCUGAACAACGGCAGUGUUAUUUUCACAACGAGGUGACUUUAGCAAAUUUUAAACAAUACUCGUUUCACAACUGUAUGGUGUUACAACGCAUACUUACAAUUAAAAGAGAAUGUGGUUGUGUGCCUUGGUUCUUUCCAGAAAAAGAUGGCUAUCGUGUCUGCAACUUCAGAGAUAUUGACUGCGUAGAAACCCUUCCAGAACGUCUUACGAUGAAGGAUUUAGUAAAUAUGCCGAGUUCUAUGCGGUGUUUGCCAGAGUGUGAGCAUUAUGACUAUCCUUUGGAAGUUGCCAUGGGGAAGUUAAGCGGCAAAGUACCUUUGAAUGGUUUGCCGUUUUUCGAAAACGUGAACAUAGAAAAUUCAUCAGUUCUUAAUAUUUUCUUUAACGAUUUGGUGUCCACAAGAUAUCGACGGGAUGUUUAUCUCAACUGGCAAAAUAUAUUAGCUGCUUUUGGAGGCCUUCUAAGCCUCAUGCUGGGAUUCACAUUUAUUUCCGGAAUCGACUUCGUAAUAUUUUUCAUGUUUCGAAUUGUAUAUGACUGCACAUUAACCAAUAUUUGGGAGGGAAAGACAGAGACGUCAGAGGGCAAGAUUAUCAAAGUUGAAGAGAAAAAUUUAUCGAAGAUUUCUUCUAAGAGGGAGUGGAAAACUAGGUAUUAAGAACUCCGUGGAAAUUUGUGUACGAUACUAUGAUACAUAUAACAAAAAAUUUCAGCGCUUACUUUUAUAACAUCUAGUCGCAAUUCAUGCUUUAUGAGCUGAGCCGCGCCGUCCCCCAGCAGAGUCUGUGUGUGAAACCUAAGAAGCGCCUCCUUUUUUAAGAAUCUUCCUAUUUCAACGUAUUGGUUUUAUUAUUUGUUAAUUUUAACCGAAUAAAAUGAUGUCCAGUUAUAUACGUAGAUUAUAUUUUUCUAAAUCGGUAGUUUGGCCUAUUGUACCUACUUAUUUAUCGAUAAGAAUAUAUAAAUAAUAUUUUUGUUGUGUAAGUAUAACAGACAUUAUUUCUAUCUCACACACUUUGAACACGGGGUCGGUACGGCCUUGUUUAUGAGGCCAAUUAUUGUCUAUGAUAAAAUCACUGAAACAUUUACUAAAAACUAAAUCAAUCUAAUUCCUCACUAAACUCAUGCAACUAAAUGAAUCUUUCGUCUAUUUCUGUGAAAUGGUGAUUACACUGAUGAAAAGGGAUCGAUGAGUAUUUUAGUUAGAAUAAUGUUCGAUUGAUCUAUUUUUUAUGAAUAAGGAAGGGGUUUGACGUUUAGUACUGAUUACUUGUAAUACAAAAAAAUGUCCGAUUGCUUUCGCUUAUUUAAGGAAGUGUAAUGGACACAUAUCGCAUGGUUUCAAUAACUAUUUAUUAACUUUGAUAUUGAUCCAAUAAGAGGCCGCAGAAACAGAUACAUUAUUAUGUAUCUGUUUCAGCCUAUUAAAAUAUUAUUAUAUUUUUUAAUCUUUCAUUAGAUAUAUUGAGUGACCGAUAGACGUUUUCAAAUAAAUCACUUUUGUAAUUCACACUUUCCUCUUUCUUGCACCUAGAAC